AUGUCGAGCUCAGAAAUUAAUCAGGUGCUCGCCAACUCGCUCUCUCCAGACGCCAACCUGCGAAAUGCCGCCGAACAACAGCUUAACCAGGCGGCGGAGAGCAACUUCCCACUCUACUUGGCCACGUUGGUGCAAGAGCUCGCCAAUGAAUCAGCCGAUGGGUCCAUCCGUGUUGCCGCCGGUCUAGCCUUGAAGAACGCUUUCACAGCCCGAGACUUUGCCCGCCAGCAAGAACUCCAGACCAAGUGGCUGCAACAAACAGAUGAUGAGACCAAAGCACGAGUAAAGCAACUCACGCUGCAAACGCUGUCCUCGAACAAUGCUCAAGCUGGCAACGCCGCUGCCCAGGUCAUCUCAUCUAUUGCCUCCAUCGAGCUUCCCCGCAACCAGUGGAGCGACUUGAUGCCCUUCUUGGUCAAGAACGUUACGGACGGUGCUGAUCACCAGAAGCAAGCGUCACUUACCGCCAUCGGCUACAUUUGCGAGAGCUCGGACGCGGAGCUCCGGGUUGCCCUCGUGUCCCAUUCCAACGCUAUCCUGACUGCUGUCGUCCAGGGCGCCAGAAAAGAGGAGGCCAACAAUGAGGUCAGGUUGGCCGCCAUCACCGCCCUCGGCGACUCAUUGGAGUUUGUCAGCACCAACUUCAAACACGAGGGGGAGCGCAACUACAUCAUGCAGGUCGUCUGCGAGGCCACCCAAGCCGACGACUCUCGCAUCCAGCAGGGCGCCUUUGGCUGUCUCAACAGAAUCAUGGCCCUCUACUACGACAAGAUGCGAUUCUACAUGGAAAAGGCCCUGUUUGGUCUGACUAUUCUCGGCAUGAAAUCCGACGAUGAGGAUGUUGCCAAGCUUGCCGUGGAGUUCUGGAGCACCGUGUGCGAGGAGGAAUUUUCCAUCGAGGACGACAACGCCCAGGUUGAGAGCGCCGAUCAGAUGCGUCCAUUCUACAACUUUGCGCGGGUCGCGGCCAACGAGGUUGUGCCCGUGCUGUUGUCGCUUCUGACAAAGCAGGACGAGGACGCGGCCGACGACGAGUACAACAUCUCGCGAGCAGCAUACCAGUGCCUGCAGCUCUACUCCCAGGCUGUCGGCGCCAGCAUCAUCACUCCUGUGCUGCAAUUUGUCGAGGCCAACUUGCGCUCCGAGGACUGGCACUACCGGGACGCCGCCGUGUCCGCUUUCGGUGCCAUCAUGGAGGGCCCUGACGAGAAGGUCCUGGACCCCAUUGUUAAGCAAGCUCUUCCCAUCCUGAUCACCAUGAUGGAUGACCAGAACCUCCAGGUCAAGGAUUCGACCGCCUUCACUCUUGGCCGUGUUACGUACGCGUGUGCAGAAGCCAUUGACUCCAACCAACAUCUUCCCUCCCUCAUAGAGUCGCUGUUCAAGGGCUUGAUGAGCAACGCCAAGAUGGCCCCUUCAUGCUGUUGGGCGCUCAUGAACCUGGCUGAGCGGUUCGCCGGCGACAUCGGGUCCGCCGCCAACCCCCUCACCCCUCACUUCAACCAGGCCGUGAGCACCCUGCUUGACGUCACCAGUCGGCAAGAUGCCGAGACCUCUGUGCGCACUGCCGCUUACGAGGUGCUCAACGUUUUCGUGCAGAACUCCGCCACUGAGAGUCUGCAGGCCGUCGCCUCCCUCUCCGAGGUCAUCAUCAAGCGCCUUGAGGAGACGAUUCCCUUGCAAUCCCAGGUCGUCAGUGUCGAGGACAAGAUUACCCUCGAGGAGAUGCAGAACAGCUUGUGCACGGUGCUCCAGGCCAUCAUCAGCAGAUUGGACAAGGACAUUAUCCCUCAGGGAGACCGUAUCAUGCAGAUUCUCCUGCAGAUCCUGACGAGCGUUGGUAGCAAAUCCAGCGUUCCCGAAGCCAUAUUUGGCACCAUCUCUGCCCUGUCCACCGCGAUGGAGGAGGAUUUCAGUAAAUACAUGGAGGCUUUCUCGCCCUUUCUCUACAAUGCUCUUGGGAAUCAGGAAGGACCCAGUCUUUGCUCCAUGGCUAUUGGCCUCGUGAGCGACAUCACACGGUCGAUGGGAGAGCGCAGUCAGCCAUACUGCGACAACUUUAUGAACUAUUUGCUGAACAAUUUGAGGAGUCCUUCGCUUUCCAACCAGUUCAAGCCAGCCAUUUUGCAGUGCUUCGGCGAUAUUGCCGGGGCCAUCACUGGACAUUUUGAGACGUACCUGUCUGUCGUGGCACAGGUUCUGGAGCAGGCCGCCACUGUAACCGCUACACCCGACGGCCCGAUUGAGAUGGUUGACUACGUCAUCUCCCUUCGCGAAGGCAUUAUGGACGCCUGGGGCGGCAUCAUUGGCGCCAUGAAGACGAGCGAGAAGAGUCAAGCGCUUCAACAAUAUGUGCCAACCAUCUUCAACCUGCUGGGACAAAUUGCCAACGACACGCUACGCAGCGAGUCACUGAUGCGUGCUAGCAUGGGCGUCAUUGGUGACCUUGCUGAUGCGUAUCCUGGCGGCGAAUUGGUCGAGGCUUUCCGACAAGACUGGCUCACUACCAUGAUCAAGCAGACCAAGACCAACCGCGACUAUCAGCCCCGAACCAUUGAGACUGCGCGUUGGGCUCGGGAGCAGGUCAAGCGCCAAGUUGGAGGUACAACAGCCGUAAUGGCCUAG